UCCCGGCCAACUAGGCACCUGUGGCAGCAAUAGACCGCUUUCAGGCGCGCUUGGAACACUGGGCUAUUACCUCCUCCAUACCUUUCGGAGAGCAGCGAAAGGAGGAAGAAAGAGAGAGAGAGUGAGAGAGGCAGAUAGAGGAAGAAGAAAAAGGGUGGGCGGACUGAGAGAGAACAAAACAUUCAGGAAGAGGUCACAGAGAGACAGACACAGAGAGAGAUAGAGAGAUAGAGGGGUAAAGAACAGCAAGCGAGCGUUUUGAUCUCCAGGCGAAGUGGUGGCGCUGGGAGAUUGAACAUUGACAUCCAUCCUCUCCUGUAUAUCUGCCCAAAGCCGCCGGCGAGAUUGAAGUUGCUGGAGUGUUAAAGGAAGGUUGAGGACUUGCAGGGCGAGGGGAUAAUCGGAGAAUCGGGGAGCUGGGAGAGAGGGAGAGCGAGGAGAGGGGGGGAAGGAACCAGCGUCUUAUGGUCGAGGAGCGUCAGCAAUCGACCGUGCCUGCUGGCUGCUGCAAGAUGACCACAGGUCAGGAGCAGAAGCGGCCGGAGAAAGAUGGCAGAAUUGCAGAAUUGGAGCCGGGCGCGGAGGAUCUGACACCCAACUUGGACAGAGGGGUUCUGAAGAUUGUCAAGAAGGCAGGAACCGAUGGUGAGACUCCCAUGAUCGGUGACAAAGUAUUUGUCCAUUACACUGGCACCCUGCCGGACGGAAGAAAAUUUGAUUCAAGUAAAGACAGAAAUGAGCAGUUUGUUUUUGAUCUGGGAAAAAGCCAGGUGUUAAAAGCAUGGGACCUGGGUGUGGCUUCGAUGAAGAAAGGGGAGAUCUGUCAAUUGAUUUGUAAACCAAACUAUGCCUAUGGAACGGCUGGAAGUCCGCCUGAAGUCCCUUCAAACGCAACGUUACUCUUUGAGAUUGAACUAAUAGACUUCAAGGGGGAGGAUUUAACGGACUGUGAGGAUGGGGGGAUCAUCCGUAGGAUUAAAAAGAAAGGCCAAGGGUAUUCCACCCCUAAUGAAGGAGCUACAGUGGAAGUGUACGUGGAAGGGCGGUGCAAUGGCGCCCUGUUCGACCGGCGUGAGGUUCGGAUCGUUGUCGGAGAAGGGGAAGAUCAAGAUAUUCCCAUCGGUGUCGACAAAGGUUUAGAAAAAAUGCAGAAGGGAGAGCAUUGCAUUCUUCACCUGAAGCCAAAAUAUGGGUUUGGAGAUCUCGGAAAACCGGGCUUCAACAUUCCACCCAAUGCGGAGUUGGACUAUGAGGUCCUGCUGAAGAACUUCGAGAAGGCAAAAGAAUCCUGGGAAAUGGAUACCCGUGAGAAGCUGGAGCAAGCUGCUAUCGUCAAGGAGAAGGGAACGUCCUACUUUAAGCAUGGCAAAUAUAAACAGGCUCAGAUCCAGUACAGGAAGAUCGUGGUGUGGUUGCACCAGGAACACUGCCGGAGGGAAGAGGACAGUCAGAGUGCCAAGGCCCUGGUUCUGGCGGCACAUUUAAACGUGGCAAUGUGCUACCUCAAACUGAACGAGUAUCCAAAGGCUGUGGAGAGCUGUGACAAGGCGUUGGAGAUGGACCGAGUGAAUGAGAAGGCGCUGUACAGACGCGGCGAGGCCAGGCUCUGCGUUAACGAGUUUGAUCUGGCAAAGGCUGACUUCCAGAGGGUGCUGCAGGUCAACCCCGAAAACAAGGCUGCAAAGACUCAGCUCAUCGUGUGCCAGAGGAGAAUGAAGGAACAUCAUGAGAAGAACAAGAAGAUUUAUGCUAAUAUGUUCCAAAAGUUUGCAGACAGAGACUUAAAGGGACGAAAUGGCAAGUCAUCCAGGGGGAAAGGGAGCGUUAUAUUUAAGGAGGAGGAAAAAGAUUCACCAGAAGAAAAAAAACCACGAGAGGCAGCAUGAAGCGGAAAAGCGUGUGUGCCUGAAGAGUGAACCAGUUGGCGCCCUAGCAGGCCGCAAAUCGCACCCCAGCUACACUGCGCUGGGAGGGUCACCAUUUCUAAGAGUGCAAGGAGCUAUUUACUGCCUGAAUGAAAGGAGCAAAAGGACUGUUGUCCUUGGAGAACUCUACAAGUGCAAUGUGAGUUGUUAGCCACAGACUUCCCUGAAAGCCACGGUAGAUCUUUAUAAUCUGGAGUGAAAAUAUUUUUCCGAAUUUUGAGCAUUCCAAAACCAAGCACAAAUAAAUGUUAUUAUCCUCCUCCUCUGGUCUUUGAUGUUAGUCCUUGAACGUAGCACUCAGACAGCCAAAAGAUUCAGUUCUGAUAGAGUCAUGGAGCCUUACAGCGUGGAAACAGGCCCCUAGGUCCCACCUGCUCACACCGACCAACAUGUCCCAUCUACACUAGUCCCACCUGCCCAUGUUUGGCCCAUGUCCCUCUAAACCUGCCUUAUGCAUGUACCCAUCUAAAUGUUGCGAUAGUCCCUGUCCCUGCCUCAACUACCUCCUCCGGCAGCUCAUUCAAUGCACCCACCACCCUUUGCGUGAAGAAGUCACACCUCAGGUUCCUAUUAAAUCUUUCGCCCCCCCCUCACCUUAAACCUAUGCCCUCUGCUUCUCGAUUCCCCUUGUUGUUAUGGUGCAUCGACCCUGCAAAGAGUUCAGUCUCAAGUCAAGUUCCCCAGAGAAAAGGAGUAACCUUCUGAUUCAGGUGGGCAGCAUAUUACUGUUGUCGCUCAUUCCAUAAGGUUUGAGAGGGGAUCUUAUAGAAACUUACAAAAUUCUUAAGGGGUUGGACAGGCUAGAUGCAGGAAGAUUGUUCCCGAUGUUAGGGAAGUCCAGGACAAGGGGUCACAGCUUAAGGAUAAGGGGGAACUCCUUUAAAACCGAGAUGAGAAGAACUUUUUGCACACAGAGAGUGGUGAAUCUCUGGAACUCUCUGCCACAGAGGGUAGUUGAGGCCAGUUCAUUGGCUAUAUUUAAGAGGGAGUUAGAUGUGGCCCUUGUGGCUAAGGGAAUCAGGGGGUAUGGAGAGAAGGCAGGUACGGGAUACUGAGUUGGAUGAUCAGCCAUGAUCAUAUUGAAUGGCGGUGCAGGCUCGAAGGGCCGAAUGGCCUACUCCUGCACCUAAUUUCUAUGUUUCUAUGUUUCUCAAAAACUCUUCUUUAUAAACUGGCUAAUUGCUUCAUCACUGCCCCCCUCCUUCCAACAGUUUUGUCUGAAGCACCCCCCCCCCCCUGAAUGGACCCAGUACCACAGUGUUUAGUAGUGUGAAGGAUAUUAGUGUUAUACAGCGUGGAAACAGGCCCUUCGGCCCAACUUGCCCAUGCCGACCAACAUGUCCCAUCUGCACUGGUCCCGCCUGCCUCUGUUUGGCCCAUAUCCUUAUUGAACCUUUCCUAUCCACGUACCUAUCCAAAUGUCUUAAAUAUUGUGAUCGUACCUGCCUCAACCACCACCUCUGGCAGCUCGUUCCAUAUACCCACCACCCUUUGUGUGAAAAAGUUGUCCCUCUGGUUCCUAUUAAAUCUUUCUCCUCUCAUCUUAAACCUACAUCCUCUGGUUGUUGGUUCCCCUACCCUGGGGCAAAUACUCCCUGCACCUCCCCUCUCGAUUCCCCUCAGGUCACCCCUCAUCCUGCUGCACUCCAAGGAAUAAAGUCCGAGCCUGCUCGACCUCUCCCUAUAGCCUCAGGUCCUCGAGUCCUGCCAACAUCCUCGUAAACUGCAAUGGUUGUCCUUACAGCGCCCAUGCAGUGGUUUCAGUGUGUCCAACUGUAUUUGUAUCAAGCAGGGUCAGUGGGAAUCCAAGAAGCAAUGUUUGGUACAAUGUCUGAGGACCUAUUGCUUUUAAGUCUUUGCUUGAGUAUUGUUUUAGGAUUCUUAAUAAAAAGCUUGUUUCAUACUGAAA